GCUAUGUGUCUGCUACAUGAAGAGACUGGCUCUUACCAUACAUGCUUUUAGAGACCAGCCCGUCACCAUGAAGACCUGCUGUGGCCCGUUGCAUCCCCGGUGUCAAAUUGUCCUGUUUCUGACUGUGUUGACCAUGCUCUUCCUUCUGUCCUCUUUUAUUAAGGAGCCAAGCACAAAGCCCUCCAGGUAUCAGUCUAUAAAGAUCAACGAAAAACGUUCCCAGGAGAUGGUACCAAAGGCCGCACACCACCAACCCAUCAUGGCACUACUACCCGGCAUUCAAGAGAAGGGGACUACCUCGGUCAGGAGAGAGGGGCUGGGCCUGCAGAGUCAGGACAGAGAGGCAGCCAGAUCGGGAGAGGCAAAGAGGGAGACCAUGAGGACAGCAUCAAGGGAGCAUCAGAGCAAGUCGGAGCCUACAGCAAAGAUGCUUGCUCCAGAACGGAGCAGCAAAAGAGCGACAGUUACAGGAGCGCUGCCAACAGGGCUGAGAAAGAGACCACCAGCCACAGGAGCUGUCCCAGCCAGGGAGAAGGUGGCCCAGGCCCCCCCUUCCCGUGCUUCUUUACCGGCCACAGGAGCUGUCCCAGCCAGGGAGAAGGCGGCCCAGGCCCCCCCUUCCCGUGCUUCUUUUCCACACCCCACCACAAAAAGAAGCCAAAGGCUGAAGGCCUCUGACUUCAAGUCUGAGCCUCGGUGGGAUUUUGAGGAAGAAUAUAGCUCGGAUGGGGGAGACCUGCAGACGACAUGCCCUGACUCUUUGAAAGUCAGGGCCUCCAAGUCACCAUGGCUACAGAAUAUCUUUCUGCCCAACAUCACUCUCUUCCUGGACUCGGAACACUUCAGCCAGAGUGAGUGGGACCGCCUAGAGCACUUCGGGCCACCCUUCGGCUUCAUGGAGCUCAACCAGUCCUUGGUCCAGAAGGUCGUGAGCCGAUUCCCGCGGGUACCCCAUCAGCAGCUGCUCCUGGCCAGCCUCGACCCCGGGAAGCCCAGGUGCAUAACCUGUGCCGUGGUGGGCAACGGGGGCAUCCUGAAUGACUCACGCGUGGGCCAGGACAUCGACAGCCACGACUACGUUUUCCGACUGAGCGGAGCGGUUACUAAAGGAUAUGAACGGGAUGUGGGGACCCGGACAUCCUUCUACGGCUUCACUGCCUUCUCCCUGGUCCAGUCUAUCCUCACAUUGGGUCGUCAAGGUUUCCAGCACGUGCCUCUGGGGAAGGACGUCCGAUACCUGCACUUCCUGGAAGGCACGCGGGACUACGAGUGGCUGGAAGCGAUGUUUCUGAAUCAGACCAUGGCAAAAACCAAACUCUCCUGGUUCAGGCACAGGCCCCAGGAAGCCUUUCGGGACGCCCUGGACUUGAAUAGAUACUUGCUGCUCCACCCAGACUUUCUCCGCUACAUGAAGAACAGGUUUCUGAGGUCAAAGGCGCUGGACACUGUGCACUGGAGAAUAUACCGCCCCACCACGGGUGCCCUCCUGCUGCUUACGGCCCUUCAUCUCUGUGACAAGGUGAGUGCCUAUGGCUUCAUCACCCAGGGCCACGAGCGCUUCUCCGAUCACUACUAUGACAAAACGUGGAAAAAGCUCAUCUUUUACAUAAACCAUGACUUCAAGUUGGAGAGAACGGUCUGGAAGCAGCUGCACGACGAAGGUAUCAUCUGGCUGUACCAGCGCCCACAAAGUACCAAAGCGGAGAGCUGACCAGAGGCCAGGCUUCAGGGGCCCCUCCCUCCCUCCCUCCCGGCCCGGGGUGUAAGGGUUCCUCAAAUGCCCCUACCCAGCUCCCGGGACGCAGACCUGCUCCGAGCCCUUCGACAGUCUCAAGGAACAGCUGUGCCGUGACAGGGUUUGGAGUCCUUUGGAAAAUCACUACGGGCUCCGGUAACUUCUUGCUCAAAUCCCAUGCUUCGUCCUCAGUUCACCUUAUUUAACUUUUCAAACUCUGUCUUCAGGAUUUUGGACUUUGGGAUGAAAAACAAACAAACAAACAAACAAAACACUAAGUGUUGAAAACAAUGCCCAGAAAGGUACCAAGGGCCUACAAUUGCUCAGAUACUGCAGUAGCGGCUUUCGCCGGCAGGGGCGGCAGCUGGGCGCCCGAGCGCGGAUUGGCUCCGCUUGGAGAUGGGAAGAGGAAUCUCGGCUCCUGCUUUGCAGUGCUUGGCAGGGUCGGGGCUUCUGCAGAAUCGGGCCGUCCCAGCACUCCGAAGCAAGAAGCUGGUGGAGGCCUGAGCAGGAUGAAGUUCCCGAAAGUGAUGCAGCUGUGAGGGCAGCCUGAAAUGCGGCCAGGCAGGGCACACAGGAUGCCCCGCGAUGGCCAGGGAGGCUGACUGAAGGUGCCCGGCCCAGGAGGCGCCCUUUCCCUGUGUCCUGUUCUGGACAGCUCUGGGACUAGCAGGCAGUGUUGGUGCCGGGUGCUGCAGCAACCACCCUGGAAGGUGACACUUCCUGGUCUGGAGAGCGAGCUGCUGCGUCGGCCCUUCACGGCCCAUCACCACAGCGUCCACGUUCAGUCAGAGCAGGAGAGAAAGCAACACGGGUGCAGGGAGGUCCUUCGCCCAAGUCGGGCCCACAUCCCAAGCUGGCCCCAAGUCAGCUCUGCCUAGCUGAGCCUCGUUUUGUGGCUUCACUCUGCCUACCUCAUAGAACAUGAUCCCCUCUGGAGGAAGCAGGCCGUAGAAUUAGAAAAGACAGGUUUAGUGGUGCAAGCUUGCCCCAUAGGUACAACUCCCAGGUUCCAGCCCAUUACUAAAAGGGAAAAAACUUAAACAUCAUCAUCGCCACUGAGAUGGCUCAGGGGAUAAGAGCACACUGCUCCACCAGAAGACCUGGGUUUGGAUCCCAGCACUUACGUUAGGCAGCCCACAACUGCCUAUAGCUCCAGUCCCAGGGGCCCCAUUGCCUUCUUCUGGACUUGGCGGCACGUGCCCUCAUGCACAUACCCACACAGGGGCACUCAUAGACACCUAACUUAAACAUAAAAAUAAACCUUAUGUAAUAAGUAGAGCUAUUAGCACCAUAAGAAUCCCCAAACCAGCCAGGUGGUGGUGGCUUACGCCUUUGGUCCCAGAGCUCAAGAGGCAGAGGCAGGCAGAUCUCUGAGUUCAAGGUCAGCCUACUCACAGAGCAAGUUCUAGGACAGCCAAGGCUGCACAGAGAGCCCUGUCUCACAAACAAACAAACGGAAUCAGAAAACCUUAAAGCAGCAUGCAAAGAUGAUGUGGUCGGACGUCUCAUAGGUUUGGUACUGGUAAUGUGCUGGUGCUUCAUGUCAGCUCGACUAAGCUAGAGUCAUCUGAGAAGAGGGAGCCUCAGCUGAAGAAACCCUAAGAUCGGGCUGCAAGGAAGCCUACAGGGCAUUUCUUAAUCAGUGAUUGAUGCGGGAGGACUCAGCCCAUUGGGGGUGGGGCUACCCCUGAGCUGGUGGUUCUGGGGUUCUGUUAGAAAGCAGCCUGCGCAAGUCCUGUGGAGCAAGCCAGUCAGCGGCACCCCUCCAUGACCUCUGCAUCAGCUCCUGCCUGCAGGUUCCUGCCCUGCUUGAGUUCCUGUCCCGACUUCUUCAGUGAUGAGUAGUGUGUGGAAGUGUAAGCCAAGUAUAAACCCUUCCUUUCCCAAGUUGCUUUGGUCAUGCUAAAUACCAAUGCAAUAGUAGCCACCGACUAAGGUGGCUGCUAUCCAGGGCCUGGAGAGAUGGCUCAGUGUUUAAGAGCACUGGAUGCUCUUCCAGAAGGCCUGGGUUUGAUUCUCAGCACACACCUGGAAGUUACGGACAUCUAUAACUCUGGUUCUAGGAGAUGCAAUUCCCACCUCCAGCCUCCAAUCAAGUAAAGAACUGUCUUUUGUUCCUGGAAAAGAUGACUCAAUACAAUAAAUCUGUCUGUCUCCCCUCCCCCCACACACACACUAAUUUACAUGCAGAGUGUAAGUCUAGUAAAAACAGUGAAAUAGGUUUUAUUUUUUUUUCCUAGAUUGCAAAUUGUCACUAAAUUGACCAUAGACGAAUAAACAGGUACUAACAGCCAGGAAUCUGAAAAGAGAAAACUAUCAGAUAAAUCCAAAUCUGCCCACUACUAAGACAUACAUACCAUGAAGACUUUCUAAUUCAAACAGUGCGGUCCUGAGCCAUGAAGUGACAGAAAGACAGGAAACAGAAAGUCCAGAGAGGGGUAGCCAGGCAAUCCCAGGCAGUCAGGGAACUCAUCCUGCUUACUUGGUGCUGAGGCAGAGGCAGGCAUCUGUAAGCUUGAGGCUAGCCUGGUCUACAUAACAAGUUACAGGCCAGCAGAGCUACAUAGUGAGACCUUGUCUCAAACAACCAAGUUAAACGGAGAAAGUGUGAACAUAAGGACUGAUGUGGCAUGUCUGUAAUCCCAACAGUUGGGAGGCUGAGACAGGAGUUUGUGAGUUUGAGACCAGCCUGAGCUACAGAGCAGAACUAUGUUGCACAGUGAAUCAAUCUGUAAAUAGAUGGAUAGACCGACGACAGACAGACAGAUUCAUGCAGUGAAGCAUUGGACAGCUGGACUAUUUAAGACCUAAAAUGCUACACACGGGGUUGGAGAGCUGGCUCUUCCGUUAAGAGCUCUUGCAGCUUUUGCAGAGGCCCUAGCACCAUGCUGGGUGUUCACACCUGCCUGUAGCUGCAGCUCCUGGGGAUCCAAUGGCCUCUUUUGCCCUUUGAGAGUGCAGAACACACAUGCUGCAUAUACAAACAGGCACACAAAUAAAAGUAAAUAAUUUUUAAAUUAAAAAGCUAUCCAUUUAAACAUAAAUUAAAAUACCAUAUAAAAGGGAAGAAAGUGGAGAUAGCAGGACUUAAACCCUAAUAAGUAAAAAGUACUUCCAGUUUCCUUCUGAAUCCAGUUUUUAAUCCUUUGUUUUCUGCCUUGAGACAGAGUCUUUCUGUAUAUCUCUGGAUCUCCUGAAACUCACUCUGUAGACCAGGAUGGCCUCAAAGUCACAGAGAUCCACCUGCCUCUGCCUCUGGAGUGCUGGGUUAAGGGUGUGUGCCUUAAAAACAGAUGGCUGUUUUUAAGUUCUUUUACCUCUGAGACUAAGGACCUGCAAAAGGACCCUGUGUUCCCUGGAAAACUAUGGUGUUGAGUGGUGACAUCAACAUGAACUAUGGCUUUAGAUAGAGGACGGAUAGAAUUCUAGAUGUGUGUAUUUAUAUGUGUGUAUAUUUUCAUGUGUGUAUAUUCAUAUGAUUGUGUUCAUGUGUAUAUUCAUAUGUGUGUAUAUUCAUGUAUGCACAUGAAUUUACAGACAUAUGGUUUUGUGUAUCUAGAUCUAUCACCUUGAAGCAGGAAAGGAAAGGAAGAAAAACUGGGCUGAGUAAGAAGAGAAAAGGAGACCUUUAGCCUGGCAGUGGAGGAGGACACCAUUAACCCGAGCAUUUGGGAAGCAGAGGCAAGCUGAUCUCUGUGAGUUUGAGGCCAGCCGGGUCUACAGAGUGAGUUCCAGGACAGCCAGGGCUGUCCUGUCUCAAACAAACAAACAAACAAAGUGACCCCCACUUAGAAUCCUACUGAGGCAUAGAAGAAGGGUUUUUAGCACAAUUAGGAGCUGCUGUUCCCUCACUACCAACUUUCCAUCCUACAGUGUUCUGAGAAUCUCACCAGAAGCUCCAUUCUCAGGAACGCACAUAUAGUAAGGCUGUUGUAUAACCCUAGUGGCUUCCAGUGCUAGUUUAUCAGAUUAUACAUUCAUGCAGAGCCUCUCAAGGUAAGCCUGUAAUCUCAGCUAUCAGAGAAGGAAACAGGUAGAAGAGUGGGGUUCCCAGGUGUCCACUGAGCCAUGAAAUUCCAAAAAGCCUCCAGAAUCCUGAGAUGGUCACCGCCAGGACCCUUAAAAGGAGCUCCAUUCGCACUCUUGGCUGUGUCUUUCUCCUUACCCUCAUGCUCAAGCCUAUAUUGAAAUAGGUAUUUUUUAUGAAGUGGAGGGCACGUGUGAGUGCAAGUGCCUGGGGCGACCAGAAGAGGGCGUCAGAUCCCCUGGAUCAGGAGUUACACGUGUUUGUGAGCCACCUGAUGCUUGCCCUGGGAGCAGAACUCAGGCCUUCUGCAGACUGAGCCAGCUCUCCAGUCUCUGAAAUAUCUUUAAUAAAACGUCUAACUCUGAUUUCUUCUACUAGCAGUCCAGAGAUUCCUUUCAGUGUUGAAGCCAUGAAUCCCAGUUUGGCCUGAGUAAAGGUCCUUAAAAGGCUGAGACAAUGGUUCUCAACCUUCCUACUACCAUGACCCUUUAAUACAGUUUAAUACAGUUCCUCAUGGCUGUGGUGACCCACAACCAUAAAAUCAUUUUCCUUGCUACUUCAUGACUGUGAUUUUGCUACCGUUAUGAAUCAUAUUGUAAAUAUUUUUGGAGAGAGGGGUUUGCCAGGGGGCCAUGACCCACAGGCUGAGAACCGCUGGUCUAAGCGACCUUAGGCUGUUGAGGGUGGCAGAGUGAGCCGUGUCUCUGUCAGUUCAACACAGACAAGCUUGCAGUACCUGGAAGUUAUUUAAACCAUGAAGUAUUUAUUUAGUCUGUCUGAGAUUCUGUGCUGCACAAAAUCCCACCUGAGGGCUGGGGCUGGAAGAAGCCGCCAUGCUCUUUCAGCUGACUGUGCCAAUUCUGAGCUGUUUCUGAGGCUCCAGUGCUAGCAGAACGUGAAGUCCUGGUGGGUGUGUUCCUGUCCUCCCACUUUGUUCUCCAAGGAUUAAAUUCAAUACGUUUGAGCCGUCUGAAGAGGUAACGUAAACCCAUGUCAAAACUUGCCAGUAAAGAUUAGUCCUUUAAAGAAACCAGCGAGCUGGGUGGUGAUGGCGCACGCCUUUAGUCCCAGCACUGUGGAGGCAGAGGCCGGUGGAUCGCUCUGACUUCCAGGACAGCCAGGGCCACACAGAGAACCCCUAUCUUGAAAAAUCGAAAAAUAAAAUAAAA